AGCGCGGACGGGCGCGGAGGCGCAGAGCUCUGGCGGCCGCGCUCUCCGCCCGCCGGGGAAUUGACUGUGGGCGCGGCAACCGGCGGCCUUUAUCGCUCACCGGGCUCGGCGUUGGAAACUUUAUCAGCCGGGCUCACCGAGCGCCGCAGACGGGCGGGGGGCGGGGGCGCGGCGCCGGCCGUGACGAGCCGCUCUGGCGCUGAGCGCUCUGCUCUGCACGCAUGGCGCCCGCACACGGAGUCUGACCUGAUGCCGACGCAAGGGGGCUAAUAUGAACGCCCCUCUCGCCGGAAUCUGGCCCUGGCUCCCUCUCCUCUUGACCUGGCUCGCCCCCGAGGUCAACUCUUCAUGGUGGUACAUGAGAGCUACAGGCGGCUCCUCCAGGGUGAUGUGUGACAAUGUGCCAGGCUUGGUGAGCCGCCAGCGGCAGCUGUGCCACCGACACCCAGACGUGAUGCGUGCCAUUGGUCUAGGGGUGGCCGAGUGGACGGCAGAGUGCCAGCACCAGUUCCGCCAGCACCGCUGGAACUGCAACACCCUAGACAGGGAUCACAGCCUCUUUGGCAGGGUGCUGCUCCGAAGUAGUCGGGAAUCUGCCUUUGUUUACGCCGUCUCCUCGGCUGGGGUUGUGUUUGCCAUCACCAGGGCCUGCAGCCAAGGAGAGUUAAAAUCCUGUUCCUGUGAUCCAAAGAAGAAGGGAACUGCCAAGGACAGCAAGGGCACUUUCGAUUGGGGUGGCUGCAGUGAUAACAUUGACUAUGGGAUCAGAUUUGCCCGCGCAUUUGUGGAUGCCAAGGAAAGGAAAGGAAAGGAUGCCAGAGCCCUGAUGAAUCUUCACAACAACAGAGCCGGGAGGAAGGCGGUCAAGCGGUUCUUGAAACAAGAGUGCAAGUGUCAUGGCGUGAGUGGCUCAUGUACUCUGAGGACAUGCUGGCUGGCCAUGGCCGACUUCAGAAAAACGGGUGAUUAUCUCUGGAGGAAGUACAACGGGGCCAUCCAGAUCGUCAUGAACCAGGACGGCACUGGUUUCACUGUGGCCAACAAGAGGUUCAAGAAGCCAACAAAAAAUGACCUCGUGUACUUUGAGAAUUCUCCAGACUACUGUAUCAGGGACCGAGAUGCAGGCUCCCCGGGUACAGCAGGCCGAGUGUGCAACCUGACCUCCCGAGGCAUGGACAGCUGCGAAGUCAUGUGCUGCGGGAGAGGCUACGACACCUCCCGCGUCACCCGCCUGACCAAGUGUGAGUGUAAGUUCCACUGGUGCUGUGCCGUGCGCUGUCAGGACUGCCUGGAGGCUCUGGACGUGCACACGUGCAAGGCCCCCAAGAGCGCUGACUGGGCGGCUCCCACAUGACUCAGCAGAGGUCACCAUCUACCCUUCCUCCUGCUAGGACGCCAUUGGAUCUGCAAGGACGCAAGACCUUUGGAUUCUCUCCUGGGGGAUAUUUCCUAAGGCAUGUGGCCUUUGUCUCAACAGAAGCCCCUUCUCCCUUCCUGGGGGCCCAAGACAUGGGGCCACAUACUGCACAUUAGGCAUACCCUAUUCUAUCCAUCUUCCACCAUUCUGGGGUCACACCUUUUCCUGGUGAGCUCUUUGGGAAAAGCAUGACAGGCUUUUAGAGGGGAAGGAUGGUGGACCCAGAUUACUGUCUCCACCCACCUAGACUUCUCCUCUUCCAAGAGCAGUUGGCCAGGGGGGAAGAAGUAUGCCUCAAAGGAGCUUUCUCUGUCUUCCAACAAAUUCUCACAGUUAGGAAAUUUCAUACUUUUCUAUGGGGAGUGAAGUAAAGAAAGCAGAAUCAACUCCCACUGAAUUAACAUUAAUUCUUGAAAAAAUCGAGCAAGGCUUUUGGUCUGAUCAAGUGAAUUUCACAGUCAUCACCCCCGGGGUUAAUGGGUAAUUGCCUGGAGAAGGAUGUCUUUCAAUAAACUUUAGGUUUAAAGCGCAUAUUGUUCAAGACAUUUAUUGCUAUAUUAAAAUCUGAUAUAACAAGGUGGGAAUGUUUGUCUCUUGGUACAGUAGCAUUUUGAAUCUUUGCAAUAGCAAAACUCUUGGAAAAUGAUUGCUUUGAAUUAUUGUCCGCUCAGUAAAAAGAACUUGUAGGGAAUGAGACUUCUCACUUGGGUCUGAUAUGAAUUAAAAAGAGGACUGAUGAGCUGGCAUUAUUCUGUAACUAUUGGGUCAAUAUGGAGGAAGAUAACUUAGUGAGUGGAAUAGCAGACAAUGUGUCUGUUCAGCUAAGGAAAGAAGGGGGGAGUAAAAUUCCUGUUUGGUGUUAUGCAUGUGACCCA